AUGAAGCUACGAACAACGGUGCAAAUAUCGUCUGCCAUGGCCAAGAAGCCGCCGCUCAAACGGGAAGAUUCGUUCCUGAAGAGGUUCUCCACCCGACAGAUACCGGAAACGCAGGAAACUGUGGAAGACACCGGCUCCGAGGGCGCCACCGAUCCGGACAAAACUGCCCGACGUCGGCGGCGCCUGAAAAUUCCCAAGUCGGUCGUCAAUCCGGACGAGAACUUCUACUUCUACUGGCUGAUGGUGGUGACGAUCGGUAUUCUGUACAACCUUUGGACGCUGAUCGUGCGCCAGAGCUUCCCGGAGUUGCAGUCGAACGCUUCCAAAUUCUGGCUGAGCUGUGAUUGUCUUACUGACCUUGUUUUUAUACUAGACGUAAUUGUGCAACUGAGAACCGGCUAUCUGGAGCAAGGACUAAUGGUCUACGACGCGAAGAAACUGGCGGGCCACUAUCUUCACUCGAGUGAAUUUUUAUUAGACUUAGCAACUUUAGUACCUUUAGAUAUUUUACAAAUUCGCCUCGGUACCCAGCCUCUGCUGCGAUUUCCUCGCUUUUUCAAGGUUUAUCGCGCAAUAAAGUAUUACUACAUCGUCGAAAGCCGAACGGUUUGGCCCAAUCUGUGGCGGGUGGUUAACUUGAUUCACAUCCUGCUCAUUCUGGCUCACUGGUUCGGGUGUUUCUACUAUCUGCUAUCCGAGGCGGAAGGCUUCCAGGGUGACUGGGUUUAUCCGUACCGGCCGGGUGAUUAUGCCACCCUAACCCGAAAGUACCUAGGCAGCCUGUACUGGUCGACGCUGACGCUGACCACAAUCGGAGAUCUACCGACGCCGGAAACGAACGCAGAAUACGUGUUCACCAUCGUUAGCUACCUGAUAGGGGUGUUCAUUUUCGCCACCAUCGUAGGCCAGGUUGGAAAUGUGAUAACCAACAGAAACGCGAAUCGGCUAGAGUUCGAGCGGCUGCUGGACGGCGCUAAAACCUACAUGAGGCAUCAUAAGGUACCGGGUGGAAUGAAACGACGCGUACUGCGCUGGUACGAUUACAGUUGGUCCCGAGGGCGGAUACAGGGUGGCGGAGAUAUCAACACAGCACUCGGGCUUUUACCGGAUAAGCUCAAGACCGAACUGGCGUUGCACGUCAACCUCAGUGUACUCAAGAAGGUCACCAUUUUCCAAGAGUGCCAACCGGAGUUCCUGCACGAUCUGGUGCUAAAAAUGAAGGCCUACAUUUUCACACCGGGUGACUCCAUUUGCCGGAAGGGUGAGGUAGCCCGGGAGAUGUUCAUUAUCGCCGAUGGCAUCCUGGAGGUGCUAAGCGAAACGGGAAAGGUGCUGACCACGAUGAAGGCAGGGGAUUUUUUCGGGGAAAUUGGGAUACUGAAUCUGGAUGGGUUGAAUAAACGGACCGCAGAUGUCCGCUCCGUUGGCUACUCGGAACUGUUCUCGCUGUCCCGCGAGGAUGUUUUGACAGCUAUGAAAGACUACCCAGAAGCACAAGAGAUUCUCCAGACGCUGGGACGCAAAAGACUGAUGGAGGUGCGCUGCAUAAACAAGAAGCACGCCAACAAACAUGCCGCGAAGGAGCACGGCACGGACCAUAGCUCAAACGCAACCAACAACAAUAACAACAAUACCCAAGGUGAUAGUAGUGAUAAUAGUGCCUCAAAACGUAUCGUAGAUAAGCUUAAAAGUGAUGUUAAGGGAUUGAAGAAUGCUCUUCGUAAGUCAAGAACGGCAACAACUAGACGUAGUAACGAGUCGAUCGAGCUUCAGCCUUUGCAGGGUACCAGCAGUGGUGGAAGUGGUGGAAGCGGUGGCUCUAAAACCCCAAAAACUAUGCUACGGCGGAUGGCUCGCGUCAAAUCGGAUGACAUUCAUACGGAGGACGAAGCAAAGGACAACGAUAAAAUGCCAAGCCCGAUUGGGGCUGGACUACCGCUGCUGCAACGGUUGCGGCUCCUCAAGGAGAAACAAGACCGCGAGGAGCGCGCCGCGAAAGCGACCGCCAAUCAAGUCACCACGACCACUACCGCACAAAUAAUCUCCCCGCCGCAUACUCACGUAACCUCUGCCAUAUCACCGCAGGAAUCGAUUCAGGAAGAACCGGAACCGGAAGUGAUCGGGGCCGGCCUGCCGCUGUUUCAGCGACUGCGUUUGCUCAAGGCAAAGGAGGAACGCCAGGCUAAGGAAGCGCAAGCAAAGUUGCAGGUGAUAUCGAACCAAACUUCCAGUUCGCCUUCGCUGAUCCAGAGCCUAAGUCCUACGUCUCCCACGCAGCAAAAGGCACCACCGAGCCCAAUUCUGGCUACGUCAACUGCGGGGGGUCACCACCAUGCUCACGGCAGAACUUCUAUGCGAGUUUCAUUCAAAGAUCGCAUCAGGAGUAUGCAGCGGCAGGAAUCGAAAGUAGAGUCACGCGUGGCAGCCGGCUCGGAUGCAACAGACGUGAAGCAACACCUACUCACGAGUGGGACCGUGAAAGCUCACACCCGGCAAUCUGCGGCACAAGCAUUGAAAGACAAAAUCCGAUCCCUGGGGCACCUGCAACGAUCCGAUGAUCAGCUUAAACCAUGGUCCAAGCUUAAACUAGCAACCGUAGUUAGCGUAGGAGGAAGUUACUCUAGCUUAAGCAAUAGCCUGAAUGAAGACUCUCCGAUUUUGGAGCAAACGAAGAAAGCCGCUCGACUGAAGACAUCGGUUCCGGCCGACUUGAACUUGAACUCGCUGGUAUCUACCGCUUCACCUCCGAUUUUCUCCGCCCCGCCGACGACCACCACCAGCGGGUCGAUGUUCCAGCCACCGAUCAAUGUGUUCAGCCGAAGUAGUACCGCCAUCGAAAAGGUCUGCGUUAGCGAUAGCGAAGUGACGAGGAAAAAGCAACCGCCGCCUCCACCAGCUCGCGUUCGGAUGAAACCGAAACCGCUCAAGUUGACCAAAGAACCGAAAAGCUACAAAAGUUAUGUGUCCAUCGAUGACCUCUCGCCAGAAUACAGUGGCCUUCCGUUUGUCAAGCGGCUCAAAAUAUUAAACGAACGACAAAAGCUAGCUGAGCUCGAGUCGGCAAUGCAAACCCGUAGCCUUAGUCUAGACUGCACCGAUUCCAACAGUAGCAAAAGUGAUCCUGCGGAUCAGCUGUCUCGUAGUAAAAGUGAAGGUUCCGGCAUUGCAGGGAAACGACCAAGAGGUACCAGUGAGGAACCAUUCUGCGAAAACACUCCGCUUAGUCCGGAAUCGAAUGAAACGCCAGAACGGCGUCAACUGAAAAGUAUCCUCAAAAGACUCUCCGAAGACAAACUGGCCUUGGAUCAACGGCAUGGCAUUCAGACUCGGGAUAUGCGGAAGCUGCUCCGUGCCCAAACGGUGGAAGGGUACGUUGCUAGACACAGCAAGUUUACAAAGAGCGUGACCUUCAAUAGAAACACACUCUCUAGUCCCCCAAGCAGUGCUAACUUAGGUGAACCUAUUGAAGAACGCACUCUUUUUCCCAUCCCUAGCGCACAAAGUAUUGCCGCCACUGCGGUGACCACCACAACCAAUUCGACCAGCGAAGAAAGCUCGGUAGCGACCGUCACGGAAAAUGUACAGUUUUCCUCGCAGGCUCCGGUUUUGGUGUCAUCGCCACCAACGGUAAUCACGGAACCCGUGCCCGACGAACCGCAUGAUCUUCAGGCAUUGGUCAUCAGCAACAAUGGUUACGACCAGCGAUACCACACUAACGGGGACCAUCAGCUACCGAUAGAUGACUCACCAUCGAAGGGUUCACUGUCCGCCUUUGGUCCUCAGCGGAAGAUCAUCAAAGGUUCCCUGGAGGAACAGGAGUUCUUCGGCGAGGUGCUGCUCGGCAUCAAGCAGGUCAUCCAGACGCAUAUGAAGGAAAUACAGGUCAAAUUUCAGGACAAAUUUUUCAACCUAGAGCUGGAGGUCAAAAAACGUGACGACAUCAUAUCAAAGCUGCAGAACCGAAUCCACGAACUGGAACGGGAGCAACACGAGCUGGACGACAACGACGACGACGACAUGUCGCUGCAACACCAGCAUCAUCAUCAUCAUCAGCGUCAGUCUGGUUCUUCCGGCAGCGGCACGUCCAGGUCUUCCGACGAGCUGCCAUUUAUGCGUGGAGAUUCCCUCGAUACGAUCUUCGCGUCGUCGCCUCACUCGGAGUCGGAUGGACCGCGAGCGCAAAAGACGCGUAAUCGAAAACCUCGUGGAUCGCCACGCCACCGGCCGCUACGGAAUCGUCCAACCUGGGACGAAAGUACCGAUCAGGAUAGCUUCGACCGUAAGGAUUCCCCACCCGGAUAUGCCACCGUGUCUUCCAGCAGUUACCAACAGCCACCUCCCGUCCCUCCGAGACGAAUGUCUACUUCCUCCGGUGGGGAGCGAAUUCAAAGCCCCUACCGGGAUAUUGUGAUAUCGCAGCUCACUGGAAACAUCAUUUCCGACAGUGUAGUUGUGAACAUUGAAACGAGCUCUAGUUCGGAACAAUCACAUUCGGAAAAUGAUGGUAAUUAUGGGGAGGAAGAAGCCGAGGAGGAAAUGAAUGCUGAAGAAGGUCUUGAAGAAGAAGAAGCCGAAGACGAGGAUGAGUUCAUCAGUGAGUCAGGGAGGUUGGUACACAAUCAAGGUAAUUGCAGUAGUGAAGAUGACUUCGAUGGGGACGAUGAUGAUGACGACGAUGAUGAACCGAUGGAUCACAGUGACUGGGAGGUGAGAAUGCUGGCAGCAGAAUUGAAAAAACGGGAAAGUGUAAGCACCGAGUUGCCUAGCGACCCGGAGGACAGAGCAGGACAGCUACGCAGACGGCGAAAGCCAAGUGAAUCAGACACCGAAGUAAGUGGCAUGGAGUUGGAAGGUUUGAGAAGACCCCGAGCAUCCAGCCUAGAUCAGCACAAUUUAAGGCGAGUAGCCAGUGUCAGUCACGGUACCGGCAGGCGGCGCAGUUCGAUCUUCAAGGCAAUGAGCUUCGAUCGAGACAAAGAUCGUCUCUGA